GCACUAUGGUACUUAUAUCUUUUAUCAGCUCCGUUCAUGGCCGAAUUCUAAGUUUCAACUCCUCUGAUGAUUUAAUCUCGGAUGGAAUUAAGGGUGUUGAUGAUCAAUCUGUAGCUCUUACUGCAAACGAUGUUCUUCUGUCCUCAAGCACUUGCCAUCACACAUAUGGCUUCCUACCAUGUGCAGAAAAUACUGGAGGAUAUAUUUACCAAAUACUGGUCUAUCAAGGUCUACUAAUAUUUGGAGAAAUGCAGCUGGGCACCGGGAGCAAGGGUUUCUUUAAAAUCCUAGAAAAUUAUUUUGGCACAAGCAAAUUUGUUAGUAUCAUUUUCCGAAUCCUCAUGGGGUUACCCGCAAUGAUGAUGAUGAUUUUAUCUGGAGUUUUCGGUAGCAAAGAGACCGCUCGAUCUCUGGUGUCACUUGGAGUGGGUAUCUAUGCUGGAAUCACUGUCUUUACUCUCACGCUGCAGUGGGGUAUAUGUCUGAUUUUUGGCGCAAAAAAAUCGCCAGAUAAAUCAAAGACGUCUGAGCAUUCAGAAUCUCAAAUUUCAUGUUGCUUGCAAGUCAAAGAAAAAUUCAAUGAAUUAAAAGAUACCAGUGUUAAACUUCGAAAUGAAACCCGUAAUGUAGCUGGGAUUAUGCUUCUUUCUUUGAUUCCUUACAUUAUUGUGCAACUAGUUGAUAUCUUCAACACAUCCCACAUAUUUCUUUUGAUACCGUUCAUAGUGUCUGCCGCAUCUUUACUUCUAUAUUUCAUCUAUGAGACUCUGGAUGAGUGGAUGCAGAAAUUAAGUUCAGAUUACAUGCAAUAUGAGAUUCUAAGAGAAGCAUUUUUGAAGCAUGUGGAACGGUGGGGAAAACUUGUUGAUGAGGAUGAUGGGAAUCCUAACUUUGCUCUCAUCAAAAUUCUAUUUUGUGAAACUGAUAAAGAUGGAGAUGGAUAUAUAACAGGGCCUGAAAUGCAAAAGUUGUUUAAUAAAAUCAUGCCAGGAAUGUCCGAAGUGGCCAUAAAUAAUGCUGUUGAUAAAUCAAUGGAAUCAUUUGAUGCCGACAAUGAUCGUAAAAUCAACCAAACUGAAUUCACCAGGGCAUGUGUAAUGUUAGCUGAAAAAGGUGAUUUCUUUUCAACAGAACUUCAAGACGAGAGCUUUCAACAGUUUAGUCGGAUGGAGAAAGAGAAAUUGGAAAUUGAUCCAAUAAUGUCGAAAAUUCUAAAGCACGCUGAAAGCCAACUACUAGAAGGAUCGCUUAUCCGGGAGGAUGGGAAACCAAACUUUGAGAGAAUUAACACCCUCUUCAGAAAGUAUGACAAUGACAAUAACAAGAAGAUAUCAAGAAAUGAAUUAGAGCAAAUAAUCAAUACAGUCCAAUUCGAAAAUUUGCACCCAAAAUCUGAGGAUGUGGUAAACAAAAUAUUUUUCAAUUUCGAUAAAGACGGUAGUAAUAUGAUUGAAAAAGAAGAAUUUGUCAACGGAUUGCGAAAUUGGCUUGCUAAAGCCAAUCGUGUUGCUAAAUGCUCCGAUAAAACUAAAAGUGUGGAUAAAUUUGACAAGAUUGUAUGGGAUAAAUUUGUCUAUGGACACUCUUACUGGAAUAUUGUAACAUGUGUAUUUAGAAUAGUGUUGGGUAUUGUUAUAUUGACCUUCAUUGGAGGACCUCUCACGACAAGUAUCCUACAGUUAUCAUAUGCCAUGGGCGUGCCUUCUUUCUCCAUCUCAUUUGUCAUAGUGCCAUUGGCCAUGAAUGCAAGAACCUUAAUAGAAGCUAUCUUUCCGGCCAGUAAAAAGACUGAAAAAACUGCAUCUUUAACAUUCUCCGAGAUUUAUAGUAGGGUCGUAAUGAACAACAUCUCGGGUUUGACAACAUUGUUAGCAGUUGUAUACGCGAAGGACUUGCCAUGGGAUUAUUCAGCAGAAGUGCUAACUAUUUUGGUUAUCUGUGCUAUAGUAGGGAUUUUGGGAGUCUCACGGGAUAAUUAUAAGGUCUGGACUGAGAGAAUUCUCCUACACUUCGGAUGGAUGGACAUGGAUUACGCCAUAAGGAAGGAGGAGCCCCCUACAGUAACUGCUACUAGCACUCUAGAGGAAGUUCAACUUUAUGAAAAGUGGGAGCGAUCUAAUCGCCUCUCCGUUAUGUUCAUGAAGAUGAAAAUAUCUACUGGUAUUAGGGGCUCCGUCGAGCAGUAUGACAAAGUCCAAGAUUUGCUUAAGGCCAUUGACGAACAAUUUGUCACUUCAGAUAAAGCGAUGGCCAGCACCCUCAUUAUGCAGUUUUCAUCCUUGAAGCUCACUAGUAUUAAGGGUGUGCAUGAUCAUAUCAUGCGCAUGAGAGAUAUAGCAGCCCAACUCAAGGCAUUGGAAGUUGAGAUGUCUGAAUCAUUCCUGGUUCACUUUAUCCUUUGUACUUUACCUCAACAAUAUGUCCCGUUUAAGAUCUCCUAUAACACACAUAAAGAUAAAUGGUCUAUUAAUGAGUUGCUGACCAUGUGUAUUCAAGAAUAA